AUCAGAUCAGCCGGUCGACCAGUUGCGAAACUACAUGCGUGCGGUGCAGUAGUACUUCGUGACAAAUUCAAAACAUAGAACCCACCGGCACCAAAACAAGAGCUUAACAUAAGCCCGCCGCUAAUAUACAGGGUGGAGGAGCAAGAGUACCGAAUUACCGCACUAAUUCUAAUCGAAAAUUCGGGCGCUAGACGCGCAAAUAUGAACGUGUUGCUGUGCUGUGAACAAUCAAGCCAGACCGACCUCCGAGCCCUUAGGGACCCGGCCCUCCUGCACGACAGGGUGUUGAGGAACUUGCUCAAAGCGGAAGAUCGCUACGCGUUGCCCUGUCCGAGGAGCUUCGCCUCCGUGCAGCCGGAAAUCACGCCGGCCAUGAGGAAAAUCGUGGCCGAAUGGAUGAUGGAGGUGUGUGAAGAACAAAAGUGUCAAGACGAAGUGUUCUCUUUAGCAACGAACUAUAUGGACCGAUUUUUAAUGUGUUGUGCGAUAAAAAAGACUCAGCUGCAGCUGCUCGGUACUGCGUGCAUGCUCUUAGCUUCUAAGCUGCGCGAAACUAGACCUUUGGCAGUCAGCGUUUUAGUGUAUUAUACGGACAAUAGUAUAAAUAAAGACCAGCUAUCGAGUUGGGAACUGCUAGUCUUAAGUAAAUUAAAGUGGGACAUAGCCGCUAUUACGCCUCAUGACUUUUUACAACACCUUCUGGAUAAAUUGCCCAUCCAGAGGUACGGUAUUGACUACACCAUGGUGCUCAACCACGUCAAAACGCUUAUAGCACUUUGUGCGAGAGAAUUCCAAUUCUCGAGGUACCACCCAAGUAUAGUGGCCUGUGCGAGCAUAUCCUCGGCGCUGCUGGGCCUCGGCUGGCUGGCCAAGAGCAAGUGCGGCCCCGACGCCCUUCUCGACCAGCUCACGGAGAUCACCAACAUCGAAAAGGAUUAUAUAGAGGAGUGUCUGCAUCAAAUCGAAAUGAUGCUGAAGGAAUCUGCGGGUAUCGACAACCCCGAGGCCUCUCAGACGGAGGAAUCAGCUCUCAGACCGGACGAAUUCACACCUCCGCCGCCAAAAAACCCGGAAAUCGAAGUACUGACCCCCAUUGACGUUCACGACGUCUACUUCUAAAGGAUCAGUUGCCCGGUUUCCCGAAAACUCCACUUUGAAAUACCUCCACAUCGGUGUAUGGCUGAUGCCCGAUAAAAACGAUUAAGAAAUAUAAAAGAAUUACGAGGUACCGCUCUUCGGUUCAGACCGUACCAUACAGUUUCCAUUUUGAGGGGAAGGCAAGAAAAAUACGCUUCAAUGACGAUUUUUACGUUAUAAAAAUUUGUAUAAUUCAUUAACACAGACUUUUAAUUACGAUAAUGACUUCCGAGGGCAUUUAAAACAAAAAAAGUGCAGUUGAGCACCUCGAGCGUCACUACAUAAUUUUUUUCACUUACCGUGAAAUUUAUCGAAAAAUGUUUUUGUUUUUCCAGUUAUAUUUUUUGUGCAAUAUUGUAUCAAACAGUUUCCUUUUUUUGUAUAUUUUUGAAAAACGAAAGAAAAAUCUAUAUUUUUAGGCGUAUGGAAUUUAGUCACUUGUACAUACUACUUAAUUUUUAGGCUUAGAAUUUUGUUCCUACUUAUCUACCAAUACCAAAAUAGGCAUAAAUAAUCAUUUUUAUACUUAAGCCGGCAUCUCUAAACACAGAAAAUGGUUAGUUUUUAUUUUACAUGUGGAUUAGUAUUUUUAUUCUAUAUAAUUUCUAUUACACAACAUAUUGUAUUUUUAUAAAUAAUAUCUAUAGUAAAUCAUUGCUUAAAAAACAAACAUUUAUUGUUAUCUUUAAAAGAUAAAAUUCAUAUUCGAUAUUUUUAAUAAAACAUACAGUAAAUAUCCUAAAAAUAGAAAACUACCUAAAUCUGUGUUUUAAGAAGUGUUACAAUUGAGACUGUUUUUUUGUUAUAUAUGUGAAAAAAGUAUAUAUAAAACAAUAUUAUAAUUUACAUUCGUAGUUCUAUUCUUAAUGUCCGUAUAUAUGUGCAUAAUUAUAAUUUUUUGUAAUGUUAUCUUUAGCUCGCUUUGAAAACUACAGUACAAACUAAUUUGGUGUUUACCAUACGAUAAAGUAGAAUCAUUGUAAGAUGUCGUGUGACCUUGACUUUUAUGUAUAGAUAUAGUCUAUGCAUUGCAAAAAGGACAGACUAUAUGACAGUUGUUCUGCGUCAUUUUAAUUUAAAAGUAGAUUGUAUUUUCGGUCAUGUCUAUCGAAAUCAUCCUUGUUUUAUAUAUACUUUAUUGGGGAUGAAUUUGAUAGGGUGUUAUUAACUGUUAUUAACCAACAAAGUCAAUGUCACAUGUCAUCAGAUUCUGAUCUGAUCUUACCUGAAUUUACGUCACAGUGCAUAUUCAUUUCAAAUUUUGUGAUAUUUUAAAACACGUUGCCUGGCAUGAUCUUUUGAUCGGUCGCAAUAAAA